ACAACCUGGAGGAGACACUGAAUAAAAACAUGAUGCAAAAAUUGGAUAUUUUUGUACAUAAGGCAAGGUUGUGCAACCCAGCCAGCAGUUUAUAAAUCAUCAUUUAAUGUCUGGACAUUUUUCAGGGGCUCAGCAAAGGGUAUUUUUGCUAUGUAUCUAGGUCACAUACUGUGGUCUAUUCUUCCUUUGGUAAACUAGAGGAGAGAAGGAGUAUGGAAUAGGACUUGAAAACCAGACCUGUUUUCUUGUCUUUCUGCAAGAGGGCUACUUCUUAGCAUUCCUGUCAGGUAGACCUAUUUGUCCCAGGAUAACAUAAUAAUAAAAGUUCAGCCAAAAUAUGUACUGUGAUGGUAUGUGAAAUUGAUCUUGGGAAAUAGGGGGAAGAGCUGAGAAUCAUCGUAUAAAAGAUAUAUUAGCCACCAAAAGAUUGGGGAGCAUGGGAAGAGUUUCAGAAGAGACCCUCUCCUAGUUUUCUGGAAAGUAAAAGUAAAAGAGGGGAGAAAUAUUUUCAAUUUUACAAGAUUCUGUUGAUGAAACCUGUGAUAAGAGUUAGUACUCAUAAUUGUACUUCUUGUCUAGAUUACCUUGAAGAGCUAACAAGAUAUUAGGCCUCUUCAAGUCCUACUCAAUCUCCCCCCCUCUCUCUGUGUAAUCCUUAAGCUUUUUAAAGAGAGAUGUUCUGCACUUCUACAAAACUUGUACUUUCCUGCAACAUUAGGCCUUCUUUUUUCUCAAGAUAUGAGAGAUACAAUGCCUAGCUGAAGCUACUCUAUAGGCAGACAAAUCAGAAUAGGAUGCCUUUUCCAACUGAACCAAAGGUUCAAAGGAGAAUUAUGGGAAUUGCCAAACCAAUAUCUCUGGAAAUCACCAAUUGGUAUGGUAGGUAUCAGUGGUGGGUUGCCAAUGUUUUUAGUACCAGUUUGGGAGCUCUCCCGUGGGCGCUCCUGCACGUGCAUGACGCUCCUGUGCAUGCACAGAAGAGUCUGGAUGGGCAGGUGGAGCCUCCCACUGCUGCUUCUACUAGUUUGCCUGAUCUGGGCUGAACCGAAAGCAACCCACCUCUGGUAGGUAUACUGUACCAUCAAUUGAUAUUGAGGCAUAUAACCACUUGAUGGCAGCAAAGAGAUAUGAGACAUCCCACCCUCUGGGCUGAUUGGUGGUCAUUUGUAUAUUUACAGCCUAUGGUAAAUCCAUAAACCACCAGCCUCCUCCAGUUCAUCUCUGAGAUUAAGGGAGCUGCUCUUGCUCUACAUGUGAAAUGCUUUGCACCUGAGAUUUUUUGCCCAUCAACAUCUGUGAAGCAAUAGAUUAUCUUUCCCCUAGGUCCCUCAUUUUCAAUUAGACAUCUAAACAUACUUGCAAUUGAUAUGAAAUAUUUUACUAUCUGCAUGGGUAUCAGAUACAAAAAUGUUGCCUAUCUUGUAAAAGGAACAGCCGUCAUGAUUCAUAAAGGUUUCUUUUCAUAAUGCAUUUAAUUUAUAUAUUAAUUUUGGACAAGAGCACUUAGCUACCUCUCUUGUAAAAGCUAGCCUUUCCCAUCCUGCUCUCUACCCCAAAUCUGUAAUCUAAUUGUUGUGAUACUUAAUGAGGAGGAGUACAUGACACUGCAUGUUGAUUUGAUGCUUUGAUGCACCAGAUCCAUAGCUGAACAAUCCAUUUCCUGCUAGAUACCAAAGCAAAAUUUGAUCUUGGCCUGGCCCAGACUUAAAGCUGCAGAAUUUGCCGAGUUUGGGCUUUUUGGAAAACCCCAAGCUUCCAGGCUUUCUCCUAAGUGCCCUGGAUUUGAAGGAACUCUUGUGUUUUGGAACAAAGCAUCACACCGCUGGUUCCACCUAUUCCCACUUGGGAGUAAGUAGGGAAGAAGAUGGCAGCAUGAAAAGAAUCUCCCAGGAGAUGUGGAAUAAACUGCCAGGAUCAGCCACAUUAGUGCUGACACGCGCCAGACAAAGGAGCCCAGAUUCUAUAAAUGAGACGGCAGGCUGGGAUUGGCAUUUGGCUGGAUUGUCAGGAAAGAGGCUUUGGCGAUUUGAAGCUGAGAGACCCGAGAGCUGCGAAGAGGAGACGCUUGCCGACUUCAGCUGCUGUGAAUAUUUCUCUACAGCCAGAUUCUCCUGUUUGUUUGGAAAAGUUCUUCCAAUCUUGAGGAUGACCAGAAAAAUCUUCACCAACAGCAGGGAGAGGUGGAGGCAACAAAACGUCAACAGUGCCUUUGCCAAGCUGAGAAAGCUGAUUCCCACCCAUCCGCCUGACAAAAAGUUGAGCAAGAAUGAGACUCUUCGCUUAGCCAUGAGGUACAUCAACUUCCUCGUCAAGGUCCUUGGGGAGCAAGGACUGCCGCAAACUGGUGUGAAUCCACGAGAAAGGAUACUGGGCCUGUUCCAGCAGAAUCCACAUUUGGAACACAUGGAAGAACUGACUCUCCUUGAAGACUCUGAGGUCCCUUCUCCCAACACAAGCAGCAACAUCCCAGAAUGCUGGUCAGAAACAUCAUCUCCAUAAUCAGUCAGUCAGUUAGUAAUCAUCCUGACUGCAAUUUGAUAGUUCCCCUUGAUAUCGGUUGUGGUAGUUGUUUGUUUCUAUACAGUGUUAAUCUAUUUAUUUAUUUAUUUAUUUGGUCCAUCUUGGUCUUUUAAAACUCAAAUGUACUUUAUGUAAGAGUUUCUGAGGAAGAACAUGGCUUUUAAUAAUUAAAAAGAAUUCCAGUGGUCUAA